UUUCGAACCGAAAGCACCAACAAAUCAACCAUCACAAUGUUCAAAUCCGCCGUUGUUAUCCUCGCCCUCGUUGCCUGUGCUGCUGCCAAGCCCGGCCUCCUGGGCGCCCCUCUGGCCUACACUGCUCCCCUGGCCUACUCUGCUCCCCUGGCCUACACUGCCCCCGCUGCCGUGGUAGCAGCUCCUGCUCCAGUCGUGACCGCCACCAGCAGCCAGGUGAUCGCCAGGAACUACAAUGGAAUCGCCGCUGCUCCAGUGAUUGCUCCCGUGGCAGCUCCAGUGGCAGCUCCAGUGGUCGCCAAGUACGCAGCUGCUCCUUUGGCCUACUCCUCCCCCUUGGCGUACUCCGCCCCCCUUACCUACGCCGCUGCUCCAGCACCACUGUUCAUCUAAAUCAAACUGUGAUCAGUUAUCAAUAAUCAUCUUAGAUAAAUCAUAUACAUAUAAAAUAAAUGAUUGUUGCCACUUAGAUGUUUGUUCUUUAUAUUGAUUAGUGAACAACACUGU